AUGGGAGUCGCCGCGUCUGCCGCCUCUCCUUUACCGGAGGCUGCCGCGCCCGCGGAUCCACCAGCCAAAGAAGAUAUCCAGCCUGUCGCCGCCGCAGAUGCGCCAGACGAUUCACCAGUGAAAGAAGAGAUCGAGCCUUCCGCAGCAGCAGCGGCAGACGCUGUUGACGACGACGCAGAGGCGGCGGCGGAGACGGUUGUCUUUGAUGCCGGCGAGGAGGAGCAAGAUGAGUGCCCCUUCUGCGUGUACAUGAAGGGCGGCGGGUGCAAAGAGGAGUUCGUGGAGUGGGAGAAGUGCGUGGAGGAGGCGGAUGUGGACGGCGGCAACGUCGUCAAGCGAUGCGGCAAGGUCAUGGCCGCGCUGGGCAGGUGCAUGGAAAACUACCCGGACUACUACACGUCUGUCUCCUGCAAAGUUGAUCGCCAGUUUUGGGAGGAAGAUUUACCCCUGUAA